AGAAAGGAAAGUGUAAGGCAUAGAAGCGCUGACCAAUCAGCGACGGAGUUUAUAGUACUUUGAUUUUGUUUAGGUUGGUUCCCUCUGAAUUUGAGCCGUUAACAACUCCAAUAUUAUAUCCAACGACCAUUUGCCUUCGCCAUCUUCUUCCUUUCUCAUAGCCCAAUUCAUCUCCCAGAUUCCCAAACCCUAACCCUAAUUCCCCCAUUGCUCCUCUACAAUUCUGGAGUUCCGGAUUCAUAAAUUCAUGUAUUGUACUGGAAUUUGAUGAGGUAGCUGAAAUUCUCGAAUUUUCUCAUCGGCUGGUUUUAUUAUUACAAUGUGCUGAUUGAGGGGAGAGCAAAUUUUGAUUCGAAUGGCGGAAUGUCUGGCUUCACCUUUAUGUAUGAAGCUGCAGAUGCAGAGAACUUAUGUCGCAGAGAAAGGCUUUGUACACUGGAGUUCACGUCUGAAGAAAGCGCAAAGUAGGAAGUAUUCGUAUGGAAGCUGCAAGACAGUUCCUUUUCCAACCUGGAGAAUGUGUGAGUUCACAGCUCCUGGCAUUUCAAAUGUGAAAGUUGGUCCUUUUUCUGAGGCUUCCUCGAAAUGUGCUUGCUUGGGGUCUUUGGUAGGCUCUGAUGGUGCAAAAGCCUCUGAUUGGGUACCUAUUGCUGAUCAAGUGCUUCUGACAGCCAGUGUAUUUCUCACAUAUAUGGCUGGAGUAAUUCCUGGUCGUAGCUCUAGUCCAACUUUUCAAAAGGACAUUUCCAAAGACAAUGUGGGCUGUGAAACCUCAACCGCUUCUGGUAGUGGGAGAAAGAAUGAUGAUCCAGAAAAUUCAGGUUAUGCCUUGGAUUCAGUGAAAAGGAAACUUUCAGAUUCACUCCAAGCUUUUGAACUUGGGGGUAAUUUGGGAGACAGGGUCCUUCAACGUGAAGGAUACACUGCAAAGCGACCUUUAAGUUUGAAUGCUGUUGCUGAUGGUCCAAGAUUAAGAUUGCUCUGGGCCUCAUUUCUGCGAAUUGAGGAAGAGGUGAUUAAUAUCUCAAAUUCUGGAAUUUCUAAAUUGGAUGAGUGCUUGACGGAUUUUUCUGAUGUUAUACGAAAGUCGUGUCAGCCUGUCUGCAUGAGCUGGUUAGAAACAGAACUUCAUCUUUUAAACAGCAAGCCUACCAAGGCACUUGUCACGCUGAUGGAUGGAAAGUUAGAUGGAGACAAUACUGUUUUACAGAACAUCAGGAACUCAGGCAAGGAAGACCUUUAUGCAGAACUAAUGUGCUUUCUCAGUUUCGGUUCUCUCAGGGAGGGAUGCUGUUAUGACGGUAGUCUGUUUAAGAAACACGGAGUUUCCAUACUGGAAGAUUUGGUGAUAAGUUUAGCAGAUGGGAUAGUAAGCAUAUAUUUGGAGCUUAUUUCUGUUGACAGCAAUUUCUCAGAUGAAAUGGAUAACCUGCCUUUGACAUUGUGUACAUUGUCAACACGAGCACUUCAAAGAUUACGAAAUGAGGUAGCUUUGUACCAAUGGUUGUAUCAAAAUUUGGAGGCAGUUGCAUCAAUGUAUGAGGAUCGAUUUGAUUUAUGGACAUUUCAGAGCCGGCUCAUCGAGGAAUCAAACAAUAGCUGGACUGAGAAUUAUAAUUGGUGGAAGUGGCUUACCGGGAAAAAAUCUGACACCACAUCAUCAUUACAUCAGGUUGUGAUAAGUCAAUUCUCUAUGCCUGUAAAGCGAACAAAAGAAUUAAGGGCCCUUACGGGGUGGAGGUAUUACUUCAGCCUAUUCCUUGAGUUAUAUGACAUCAGUUUGCCUUUGAUUAGAGCAAUUGUUGACAGCGUCAGCAAGGGUCUCUCCUUUUUUCUAAAAUGCUUGAUUGGAAGGUCAUUAGGACUUAUCUACACCGGAAUUAGACAGUCUCUACGAUGGAAGUGAUACACCGGUACUCCCUUCCAUUGUACAUUGCAAUUUACCUUUUUGUUAGGGAAGAGUUGGUUAGAAGAAACUGAAGAAUGUAAUUCGAAUCUGUCUGGGGCCAUUUGAGGCACUCCUUAAACCACAUUUGUUAACAAUCUGAGAAUUACAAUGAAUUUAAAUUUUGGCAAAAGUUUUGGUCUCUCUUUCAAUCCA